CUGAAUACCGUAUUUAUUUAAGAUUUUUUCUUCCUACAGGUAGCAGGACGUUUUUAAAAAUGUCAGUAAUACCGUUGAUAAUCUUUUUCUUGCUUAGAUCGGAAAAGUCAUCUUCAAUCAUUUUCGACUUUGAGGAACGUGAUUUCGCAAAUGUAAAGCUUUGUGAAGGAAACACUUUGAUGAAUAUAACGCUGAACGAAACUGUAUUCAUUGAAAGUCCUAGUUACAGUGUCAGUCGGUUAGGAUAUGAUCCUGACUUAAAUUGCAAAAUAGUGAUUAACGGGUUGAAUGGAACAAGCAUUUUUAAAAUCACGUUUGACGUAUUCGAUUUGGAAACUAACAAAGUUUGCGCAUUUUAUGAUUACGUUAAAAUCUAUCGACAAGCAGAAGAAGAAGAAGAAGAAAAAGAAAAAAAUGGAUGGUUUCAAGUGUUGGACAGCUCAGUACCUGACCCCGAUGGUUUAUGUGGAACAAAAGCCCGUAAUACUUUAACUAGAACAACUACUGGUCAAAAUUUAUUUAUACAUUUUAAAACGGAUAGUUCAAUAAAUGGAAAAGGAUUUAAUGCUUCAAUUCUCUACUAUAUAUCUGAUGGUUAUCCUAUUAUUGAUGGAGUUGGAUACGAAGAUAUGGAAGGUGAAAAAAAUUGCCCAUAUUGUCGACUAAUAAAUGUUAAUCAAAAUGAAAAUAUAACUUUGAAUUGUUAUCUUAAAGAAACAAAGACAUUAACAGAAAUGAAAUGGUUUAAAAUAGACAACACAAGCAACAGUCUUAAAGAAAUUAGAAUUGAUAUAAUAAAGAAUGAUUAUAAAAAUGGAACAAUAGAAUUAGUGGAACUGGCGCUUGAUGAUGAAGGAGCUUAUAUAUGCAGAGCAUCAAAUAGAUUUGGGACAGUUGUAGAAAAAGUUUAUAUCAAGAUAAUUGAAAAAUGCAGUUGCCCUCAAAUUAUCAAUGUAACUUGGUACGAGUAUCUCCCAUACACUAUGAGUAUUAAAGAAUUUGAUAACCAACAGAUGCCAGUUUACAAGGGAAUAUUUUAUGAAAUAUUAGAAGCUAUGAUACCAGAAGUGUGUGGAGAUUGUUUAAGAGGGCAUGGAAAAAGUAGUAUUUACUGGAAUGAGCAAUCAAAUCGUCUGAACUUACAAAGUAAUGUUUUAAUUGAUAUAGAAAAUCAUCAUCUGGCACUUCCUAUUAUUUAUUUAGCAAAUCAAGAAAAAUUCAAGCUUAAUUACUUUGUGCCGAUUAUCAAAGCACCAGGAUACUUACUUCUUCAAAAGCCAAAUAAUGAUGGAGGAAAAAAAGUUUUUAAAGUGUUAUUUAUGUGUUCACCUUUACUUAUAAUUGUUAUUGCAACAAUGAUUUGUGCUGGUAUUAUUAUCUGGAUGCUGGAAAUUAAAUGGAACUCACAACAUUUUCCCAAAUCAUUUGUGAAAGGUGUUUGGCAAGGAACUUGGUGGGCAUUUGUUACUAUGACAACUGUCGGCUACGGCGAUAUUGCACCACGAGGGUACUUAGGAAGAAUAUUUGGUCUUUUUUGGAUGAUCUGUGGUGUGGUAUUAAUCUCAAUUUUAACUGGUGCAAUCUCAACAGGAUUGAUUGUAGCUUCCCUUUCUGACCCGAUAGAUCUCCACAUGGAAAGUGUUGGUGCAAUUAAUCAAUCCCCAGAAUUUAAAUAUGCUGUAACACAAAUAAACAAUGUAAAAGAUCGUGCUUGGAAACCGCAUGAACAAAAAGGAAAUGCACCAAAAAAUGCUCAAUUAUUUAAAAAAAGAGCAAAUGAAAACUUUGAUUAUAACAGCAAACAAUCUGCAAAAGUAUUUGGAUAUGAAACCAUAUGAUCUAUUUGAUAGAACAAACCCAAUGUUUAUUUCAGCUUUGUUGACCAUGUCUGGUUUACUGCUGCUAUUUAUUUGCGGUGGUUUAGCAUUUGAUUAUGGGUAUCACAAACCGAAACAACGAGAAAUUUUAAAUGCCAACAACUUGGAUAUGAUAGAAUCAAAAAAAGUAAAGGAAAUGGCAAAAAGUACGCCAAUUACUCGGGAUGACAUUUUAGCUGAUUUGCGAGAACAAUUGCAGUAUGCAUCUGAGCGAAUAAACAAUAUAAACAAAAUGCACAUCAAACAGAAAGAAUUUUUUUUAGAAAAGAAAAAUAGUUUCAAAAAAGAGGAUGAAGAACGUUUGAUUUUAAAUGAAACAAAAGACGAAACUCAAGUAUAAAAAGAAAGUUCGGCAACUAUCAACUUAACAAUAAUAAUUUAAUUAUUUUAUACAUUGGAAAGCUUAUUUAAAAAACAAUUAAAUUUAAUUGAAACAAUAAAAU